AUGUUUAAGCAAUUACGAGAUUGGUUUAUCGUAAAAAACUAUCAAUCAGAAGUGACGACGGAAGAUACGUUUCGAGGUUGGGAACCUGUAUUGCUCAAAAUCUUAAUAUUCUUUAACGUCAUGUUACUAGCAUUCACAGCGGUACUAAACUUUCAUGAAAUUCGACCAAUGCAUCCUCAUAAUGUUCAUUACCAUAGUACAUUACACGGGCAUAGACAUCGAUACUAUCAUCAUAAGCAACCUAAAAGAGCAGCACGAUGUCAGUCUAAACUUGAAGUCAAGUCUAUCGCAACCAAAUCUCCUCUGCUCGAGGACCAUCUUUGCGUGCAUAAUGAAUAUUGUGCGCAAAAAACACCUAAAGAAUUCAAUACUUAUGUACCAAUUGAUUAA